UGCAACAGCCAGAGGCAAACAAACGAGCCUUCUGUAAAGCGAGAGCAUCUCUUCUCUUCCGAGCCUUUGUUUAGAAGCACUCGAGGCUGUUGGUUGGUAGAUUGUUAAUUGGUGAUUGAGGUUGUGUCCAUGGCGCCCGUGCACGUUCCGGAGCUCGGCACCAACGGGUCCGGCCUGGCCCUGAAGCCGGCGGUGCAGCAGGCGCUCAGCAGCGGGACGUCCUCGGUGUCCACGCCCAAGUCGCCGCCGCCCGCGUACGGGAACAUAGUCACCGUGCUGAGCAUCGACGGCGGCGGCGUGCGGGGGAUCAUCCCCGGCACCAUACUCGGCUUCCUCGAAGAAAAGCUGCAGGCGCUUGAUGGACCGGACGCAAGAAUCGCGGACUACUUCGACGUGAUCGCCGGGACGAGCACCGGGGGGCUGGUCACCGCCAUGCUCACGGCGCCCAACGAGGAGGGCCGCCCGCUCUUCGCCGCCAAGGACAUCAACAACUUCUACCUCGAGCACUGCCCCAAGAUCUUCCGCGCCGUCAAAGGCGGGCCUCUGGGCUUGCUGAAGAGCAUGUCGGGGCCGAAGUACGAUGGCAAAUACCUCCACUCCAUCGUGCAAAAGCUCCUGGGCAAGACGCGGGUCAGCCAAGCGCUCAAGAACAUCGUCAUCCCAACCUUCGACAUCAAGCUCCUCCAGCCCAUCGUCUUCUCCAGAUACGACGCCACGAGCGAUCCCUCCAAGGACGCGCUGCUGUCGGACGUGUGCAUCAGCACGUCCGCCGCGCCGACGUACCUCCCAGGGCACCAGUUCGAGACCACGGACAAGGACGGCAAGCCCCGUCCCUUCAACCUCAUCGACGGUGGCGUUGCCGCAAACAAUCCGACGCUGCUGGCGAUGACGCACAUGAGCAAGCAGAUUCUCCUGGGCAACAAGGACUUCUUCCCGAUCAAGCCGGCCGACUACGGCAAGUUCAUGGUCCUAUCGCUGGGCACCGGCACCGCCAAGAUCGAGGAGAAGUUCGACGCCGUGCAAUCCGGUAAGUGGGGCAUCCUGGGGUGGCUCUACAACAAGGGCUCCACGCCGCUGAUCGACAGCUUCAGCCAGGCCAGCGCCGACCUCGUCGACAUACACACCUCCGUGCUCUUCCAGGCGCUGCACUGCGACAAGGGGUACCUACGGAUCCAGGACGACGAGCUCAAGGGCGACACGGCGUCCGUCGACGUGUCCACCAAGGAAAACUUGAACCGGCUCGUCGACGUCGGCAAGAGGCUGCUGAAGAAGCCGGUGUGCAAGGUGAACGUCGAGACCGGCAAGAACGAGCCUGACUUGCAAAGGGGCACCAAUGAGGAGGAGUUGGUCCGUUUCGCCCAGAUGCUGUCGGAGGAGCGCCGGGCCAGGCUCCAGAAGAAAGGCAACACCAAACAGUAAACAUCGAUGGGCCGGCCGGAUGCUUGUGUCAAAUAUUUAUGUGUAGUAAAUAUGCUAGCAUAAGCAAAGCUUGUAACUCAUUCGUUAGUUCAUGUUCUUUGUAUCCACGUUAAUAUACAUAAAAUAAAAGCUGGCGAUACCGUGAUAUACUGAUAUAUUAUCUGGUAUAACCAGUA